UCAUUUCACAGCAUCAGGAAGAUCUGAGGUUCUUGCUUCAACAGUGAUUGAACGGAGCUUCGAUUUCUAGUGGAUAAAAGCCAUCACAUCUCAGAUUUAUUUAUUUUUACCAAGGUUUUGAUAAGAAAACAAGAAAAUUUCAGCAGAAAUGGAUUCUCAGAUUCGUCAGAACUACGACCGCGACUGUGAGGCUUUGAUCAACAAGAUGGUGAAUUUGGAGCUAUAUGCUAGCUACACUUACACCUCUAUGGCUCAUUACUUCAAACGGGAUGAUGUCGCCCUUUGUGGUUUUGCCAAGUUCUUCAAGAAGGAGAGCGAGGAGGAGCGCGAGCAUGCCGAAAAAUUUAUGGAGUUUCAGAACAAGAGGGGUGGACGCAUUCUUCUACAGGACAUUCGGAAGCCUGAUUGUGAUGUGUGGGACAAUGGACUGACUGCUAUGCAGUGUGCUCUGCAGCUGGAGAAGAACGUUAACCAGGCUUUGCUCGAUCUCCAUAAAGUUGCUUCUCAGAAGGGUGAUCCUCAUCUGUGUGACUUCCUGGAGACUCAUUAUCUGAAUGAGCAGGUUGAGGCUAUCAAGAAGCUUGGUGACCACAUUACCAACCUCUCCAAGAUGGAUGCUGGCAACAACAGGAUGGCAGAGUACCUGUUUGACAAGCACACCCUGGAUGGACAGAGCUAAAUACAGCCCUAAGCUUUUAAUAAUGCACUACAUCUAUACUAUACUUCACUAUGUUCUUACAAAAUCAAAAAUCUUAAAGUGUCCCAAAACUUGUGUGACAAACUGAGAAAGUAAAAUCUAUGUCACAAUAAUAUACAUAAUAAAAUCCAUUCUUAGUGAUCUUGUGACAGUCACUAUUGUUUUCCUGUUCAAUUUAAGUGGUUUUAAUGUAGUGUAUCUGAUGAAUAAACAUUUGAGAUGGA